GGCGGACAAGACGAGAAAUAAUAAACGCUACUUAACUGAUGAUCAACGUCACGCUGUAAAUCAGAAAAUUAUGUUCAUUCAUUCGCGAAUGUCAUGCUAACGGUGCUAGCGAGUUUGCGCUAAUGGUAGCUAACAAACUGCUGUGAACGUUUUGCUUCGCAGAGGCGACUGUUCACUAUAGUUAGCACACUUUAAUGCUAACUGCAAUUUUCUUCUUAGAUAUUCUAUAUUUUGCAUCUUACAUUCUAACUAUCGGUGCCCGACUGUGUGGCAUUUAACAUAUAUUCAAGAAGUCUAAUUCAGGCUUCUGCUAACUCGGUAACUUAGGCAACCAACGUGAAGUGUUAGCUAGGACACAUGGUUAACUUAAGUUACUGCCAAUGUUGCUUCACGUUGCCUUAAAAAAAGUUGCGUUAUGCAACUCGUGCUGCAUAUUAAAGCACUGGCAGUACUCUCCAGAUAACUAUGUGCUUACGAAAAGUGUGUCACUGAGAGCUAAGCUCGACCCCGCUUCGGGUCGUAGCGGUUAUUGUUGGGACUUGAAGAGCAGAAGCACAACUGUCCUCCGGGUGAACUAAUCUCACACCCCCAGCCAUUCGAGUGACUUUCUGACAGCUGUUGGAGCCAGAGAUCUUCUUCAAGCCCUCGUUUUUCCCAACCAACAUCUGAAAGCUGUUUGAAUUUCAACUGCUUGUUUCUAAGCUGAUGGCCUCCUGACUUUGGUUACCUCUGCAGCCCUAUUUUCCUUACGUGUUUCCAACAUGCCUGCUAACAAGACUGCUACCAAGAGGAAGUCUGCGCCUGUUGGUGGAGAUGAUAAAACCCCCAAGAAAGUGAAAGUGUCGCACAGGAGUCACGGCAAGGAGGCGGGUCAGGUUCUUGUUCUGGGCCAGGGGGACGUUGGCCAGUUGGGCCUAGGCGAGACCACCAUUGAGAGGAAAAAGCCUGCCCUUGUGUCUCUGCCGGAGAAAACGGUACAAGUUGUUGCAGGGGGCAUGCACACGGUGUGCGUCAGCGAGACUGGCCAUGUCUACACCUUUGGAUGUAACGACGAAGGUGCUCUUGGUCGGGACACAACGGAGGAGGGGUCCGAGAUGGUCCCAGGAAAGGUGACGUUGGAGGAGAAGGUUGUGCAGGUGUCGGCGGGAGACAGCCACACAGCUGCACUCACAGAGGAUGGAACGGUGUACAUAUGGGGCUCGUUCAGGGAUAACAGUGGGGUUAUAGGUCUUCUGGAGCCCAUGAAAACAUGCACCGCUCCAGUCAAAGUCCCCAUGACGGAGACUGUUGUGAAGAUUGCAUCAGGUAACGACCACCUUGUACUGCUGACACUGGAGGGAAACCUGUACACAUCUGGCACCGCGGAGCAGGGGCAGCUGGGAAGGGUCCCGGAGCACUUUUCAGACAGAGGAGGCAGGAAAGGUCUCGGCCGGUUGCUGGUACCACAAAUGGUGAAAAUCAAAGGGAAAGUUCACUUCAUAGAUGCCUUCUGUGGAGCGUACUUCACCUUUGCUGUGUCUAAAGAGGGGCCUGUUUAUGGAUUUGGUCUCUCCAACUAUCACCAGCUGGGUACUAAAAGCACAAAGAUGUGUUUUGUGCCAGUAAAACUCACAUGCUUCAAAAACUCCACCACCUGCUGGGUGGAUUUCUCUGGAGGACAACAUCACACACUCUGCCUUGAUGCCGACGGACAGGUUUAUAGCUUGGGCAGAGCUGAAUAUGGCCGCCUUGGUCUGGGCCAAGGGGCAGAAGAAAAAUGUGAGCCCACGCCAGUGACUGGGAUAGAGGCAGCCAGUGGACUGGCAUGUGGGGCCUCCGUCAGUUACGCCGUCACCAGAGAAGGAUCUGUGUAUGCCUGGGGCAUGGGCACCAACCUGCAGCUGGGCACCGGCGAGGAGGACGAUGAGUGGAGCCCUGUAAAGAUGACCGGCAAGCAGCUGGAGAACCGUGUAGUACUGUCGGCCUCCAGUGGGGGUCAGCACACAGCCCUUCUGGUCAAAGACAAGCAGGAGAGUUGAUGUCCUUCAAACUGUUUUUCUUUUUUCUUCAUGCCUAAAUCUGAGGGAGGUGGUUGAGGUGACUCCUCGCUCAGCCGAGGGAUUGUGAGAGGUUCGAGCCCUUUUUACAAACUGUCCCUUUCCGACUGAGAGGAAAAUGUUCACGGAUGUUAAAUAGAUCAUGACAAAAGAUGCUUCUUUUUUUUAAAUCUAGUUUUGGAUGUUCUUUUUGAAUACUUUUCAUCAAAAGUCAUUAGUAUGACUGAUGUGGUAUAUGAGGUGUUUGUGAAUGUGACUGAGCGCAUGUACGUAAAGGAAAUGAGAGUGCAAGCCUUUUUAUGACUUCUCCAAACAGCAGUGUUUUAAACGUUAUAUUUCUUAGCAAUAAUUCCACACACACACCUUGGUUCAGGCAGGACAUUUCUACCCAAGUUAUGUGAGACUACUACUGUUCAUUUUACCAAGACCUGCCAUUGUUGGGACUAUUUGGACAUUUGGUAAUGUGUAAUACUGUAUCUUGCAUUUUGUUGCUUUUCCUGUCUGAAAAUAAAGAUAACAUUUUAAUUUUUCUUAA